ACCGAUAUCUUGAGGAGAGGCCUCACUUUACAUCCAAGUAGUGUGGAACUGUUGAUUUUCUCUCUUCAAGCCAGAUAAUGGACAAGAAGUUGGCCCUCUUGUUCAUUUUUUCAGCAGUGUUGGCUAGUGGUGGAGCUGAACCAGUGGAAGAUAAACAAGCUUUGCUAGAUUUCCUUAACAACAUCAAUCACUCUCCACAUGUCAAUUGGGAUGAGAACACUCUUGUUUGCCACAGAUGGAGAGGAGUGACAUGCAACACUGACCAAUCCCGAGUUAUAGCCCUUAGAUUGCCAGGAGCAGGGUUGAGUGGUUCAAUCCCACCCAACACUCUCAGUCGCCUCUCAGCACUUGAAAUUGUGAGUCUUAGAUCAAAUGGUAUAACAGGUCCUUUCCCUGAUGGUUUCUCUGAGCUAAAAAACUUAACAGGACUCUAUCUUCAAUCCAACAAGUUUUCUGGUCCAUUGCCAUUGGAUUUUUCAGUUUGGAGUAAUCUUAGUGCUGUCAAUUUAUCCAACAAUUCUUUUAAUGGGAGCAUCCCUUCCUCAAUUUCAAACUUGACUCAUCUCACUUUAUUAGUCCUUGCCAACAACUUGCUUUCUGGUGAGAUUCCUGAUAUCAAUAUUCCUAGUCUACAAGAGCUGAAUCUAGCCAACAAUAGCCUUAGUGGGGUUGUGCCAAAAUCGCUUCUUAGAUUUCCAAGUUCGGCAUUUGCUGGUAACAAUCUUACAUCAGUAAAUGCACUUCCUCCAGCUUUUCCUGUGCAACCACCACCUGCUCUUCCAGCAAAGAAAACCAAAGGACUCAGUGAACCAGCAUUGUUGGGUGUUAUCAUUGGUGUUUGUGUGCUGGGAUUUGUGGUGAUUGCAGGUUUCAUGAUUGUCUGCUGCUAUACGAAUGCGGAUGUGGAUGUGCAACAAGUGAAAUCCCAGAGAAAAGAAGUUUCUUUGAAAACAGAAUCUUCUGGAAGUCAAGACAAGAACAAAAUUGUCUUCUUUGAGGGUUGCAAUCUUGCAUUUGAUCUAGAGGACCUGUUGAGAGCUUCUGCUGAGAUUCUUGGAAAGGGUACCUUUGGUACAACAUAUAAGGCUGCUAUGGAAGAUGCAACCACUGUGGUGGUAAAGAGGUUGAAGGAGGUCACUGUUGGAAAACGGGAUUUUGAACAGCAGAUAGAGGUGGUGGGGAAAAUUAAGCAUGACAAUGUGGAUGCCUUGAGGGCAUAUUACUAUUCAAAGGAGGAGAAACUUAUAGUAUAUGAUUACUAUCAACAAGGCAGCGUUUCUGCAAUGUUACAUGGCAAAAGAGAGGAAGGCAGGAGUUCUUUAGACUGGGAAAGCCGUUUGAGAAUUGCAAUUGGUGUAGCAAGAGGUAUUGCUCACAUCCAUGCUCAACAUGGAGGAAAACUCGUUCAUGGAAACAUAAAGGCCUCAAACAUAUUCGUCAACUCACAAGGAUAUGGAUGCAUAUCUGAUAUAGGCUUGGCAACAUUGAUGAGUCCAAUACCCACACCAGCAAUGAGGGCGACAGGAUACCGUGCACCGGAAGUAAUAGACACGCGCAAAGCAACCCAUGCAUCCGAUGUCUAUAGUUUUGGGGUCUUGCUACUUGAGCUUCUAACUGGGAAAUCCCCUAUAAACACCACAGAAGGUGAGCAAGUAGUUCACUUGGUUAGAUGGGUGAAUUCUGUGGUCAGAGAGGAGUGGACUGCGGAAGUGUUUGACGUAGAGCUAUUGAGGUAUCCAAAUAUAGAGGAAGAAAUGGUGGGAAUGCUACAAAUUGGGAUGGCUUGUGCAGCAAGAAUACCGGAUCAGAGACCAAAAAUUCCUGAUGUGGUGAGAAUGAUGGAGGAAAUUCGUCCUGUAAAUACUGGAAAUGUCCCAUCCACUGAGUCUAGAUCAGAAGUUUCUACACCCACCCCUCGUGAAGUUGACAUACCUACCUCAGUUACACAGUGAGAUUCUUUUGUUUUGGUCAAUUGUUGUUAGAUGUAAUCGAUGUCUCAAGUUCAAUCAUAUUCGUAACGGGAGAAAUGAUAUCAAUCUAAAGGUUCUUUGAAGUUAUU